CGCAUGUUGCAGUUUGGAAGACCGCGGUAUCUUUACACAUCGAAUUAAAAUUGGAAAAGAGCAAACAUGUCUAUCGGUGUUCCUAUCAAAGUUCUUCAUGAAGCAGAGGGGCACAUAGUUACCUGUGAGACCAUUACUGGCGAGGUGUACAGAGGUAAACUCAUUGAAGCUGAGGACAACAUGAAUUGCCAGAUGUCAAACAUUACAGUUACGCACAGAGAUGGACGUGUUGCUCAACUGGAGCUGGUCUACAUUAGAGGCAGCAAAAUCCGCUUCCUGAUCCUACCGGACAUGCUAAAGAAUGCCCCCAUGUUAAAGAGCAUGAAGAACAAGAACCAGGCCGCUGGUGCUGGGAGAGGGAAGGCGGCCAUUCUUAAAGCCCAGGUGGCUGCGAGAGGGAGAGGUCGUGGAGGAAUGGGAAGAGGAAACAUUUUCCAAAAAAGGCGAUAAUAGGCCUAUCUGUCAGUUGAAAGUUUUUAUUUUAUU